GCUCCUGACCAGUGUGGGAGGUGCUCUGUGCUGGAGGAAGGCUCUGCUUGUGGCCACACUGGUAACAGGGACCCUUGGAGAAGAGWGAUCCUGUGCUAGAGAUGAUGAAUCACCAAGAGAGAGUCACUCCUGGAACUGCAGACCCAGCAGAAAAGAGAAAGUGCUCCUGGCUGAAUAUCUGGGUUUUCCUUAGUUUUGCUGUCGCUAUCAAAACUGCCUUUGUGACCAUCUGCCUUGUGGCUUUACUCAAUGGAAGCUAUGGCCAGUACAAGACUUUCCUCCAGAACUCUACAGAGUGGCACUGUGUCCCCAGAAGUUCUGCUGACAAAACGGAAGGCUGGACGUGCUGCCCGAAGGGCUGGAAAAGAUUUCAAAGAAGCUGCUAUUUCCUGUCCCAAGAUAAGAUGAUCUGGACUGAGAGUGAGCAGAACUGCACUGGGAUGGGCUCCCAGCUGGUGGUGAUCAACAGCAGGGCAGAGCAGGAGUUCCUUUUCAACUUGGCAAAAGAAAAAGUUACUAACGCCUAUGAAACAAAAUACUACAUCGGCUUAGCUGCUUACGGAAAUGGGCAAUGGCAGUGGGUGGAUCAGACUCCGUACGAAACAACAGCCACGUUCUGGAAGCCUGGGGAGCCCAAUUUACUCUUUGCAGAAAAAUGYGCUGCAAUUCAUAUAAAGGGAAACAGAGACCCAAACACUUACAGGAACUGGAAUAAUGUCCUUUGCUUCACAAGUUGCUAUCGAAUUUGUGAACUGCCAGUCAAACUUCUCUGAGGAAGGACAUAAAAUCUGAGCUCUGAAGGACCUCAUUUCCCAGCCUGUACCCCUGCAUCCCUUUACAAGCUGAAGAUCAGUCCUGGAUGAAAUAGCUCGGGCUGAUGUCAAGGAUCUUCUGUGACCCUUUCCACUCUCCUUCUUCAGAGACAAGGAUCUUAAUUCUCCAGCAUUGACCUUGACUCCUGGUCCAGACAAUAUCUCAGUGAUGUGGUAAAGGCUAUCACURUUUUGUGAAAGGAUACUGGUCCUUCAAAUCACUGGAGCAGAAUUUGAAAGAAGACAAUUCAGUGGAGUGUCCUUGUCUCUCCUCUGAAGGGAAAAAUUAUUCAUGGCUCAUCUUUAAUGUUUCCUUCUCCUUCAUUGCA